GGUGACUACGUAAACAAAAGAAUUACGAACGCCUCUGUAAUCGUUUUAUUGAUUGCUUUACUGCUUACUAUUUACGUCCCCCUUCUAAAGAAGACUUUUUCAUUCGUAUAUCGCCAUUUACGCAGAGCAUAGUUGCAACCAUGGUGCGCGCAAAGAUCCUGGCCAUCGCCACCAUAUUGGCCCUUUCACCAGGCGGCGCUCUCGCAGGCCCUCCCGGCUCCGUCGACCCGAGAGGUCCCGAGCGUCCCGUCAGCCCUGGCACUCUCGCCGAGGACGCUGACUCUCCUGCCCGUCCGUGCAAAGUGACCAUUUCGAUGGCAGUCUCGCCGGGCGGAUAUUUCCGGCAAAUUUACGGCGAGGGCCUUACCACCCGCGGCGGCAGGGUUGCUAUCGAGAACUUCAAAUGCACCGUUGAUGAGACUUGCAAUAACCCCAGCUGCCCAGACGUACCUCCCACUUGGCAAGUGACGAGUUAUGACGUGGAGAAGAAAUUGGAGGGCCUUGGUGAACAGGGAGGGGAAAGCGUGUGGGGGGUGGGCAAAAAGCAUGAACUAUAA